GAAGUGAAGGAGUUCGUAUCUUGUCUGCACAGGAAUGGAUUUGGUGUUGAAAUGUUGACUGAUGAAGACGACAUGUUAAGGGAAGAGAAUAGACUCCUGAGACGGGAACUGGUGUCAUUCAAGUUUCGUGAGCACAUGGUAAAGAGCUCGGAUAAGGUUUUCAUCAUUCUUUCACCCUCAUAUCUAAAACUUUGUGAGAUGAAUGAGGACGAUGCAAGAAAUCAAAACGUUUCCGAAGAAGAAAAACUCGUGUAUGACGAGGUUGUUCAAAUCAGGUGUGAACUGCAUGAGCAAAUGUACCGCAGCGAUCGAUUUAUUCCAAUUCUUUUUCGGCUAAACGAAGCGGCAAGCAUUCCAUUCUGGAUAAAGGAGCUGGUAUUCUUUUCAUGGCCGGAAGACAAGGCUACGCUUUUGAACAGGUUGAAUGGUUUGCCAGAAUGCCCUCCUAAUAAUUUGGUAUAG